AUGCAAUGAUGAACUCACUCACUCAACUCUCUAUAAAACUUUUCCAUUAUCUUUUCUUUUUUCUUUAAAUUUUGUUUUUUAAUUCAUAUUUUUUCCUUAUAAAUCGGUUGAUACAUUUGAUCACAUUCAAAACUCUCCUUUUAGUCGAAGCCUCUUUCUACUUUUCUAAUUCCAUUAAGUAUAAUUUAUAAAUCUAGGUUUCUUUCUCAAUAUUGCAAAAUCUCGAAAAGCUGCGUUUUCUUUUUCCUCACUUUGAUAUUAAUUUUUGGCUUUGCUCAUUGGUCCCCUCUCUAUAUAAACCCAACCCCUCCCUCAUUUCUCUCACUUCUUCCCUUUUCAGUUUCCCCUUCUUAUAGAGAGAGAGUGAGUUUGUUAGAGAAAAAAACAUGGCUGUAGAAGAUUUGAGUAGUGCUAUUGUUGUUAAUGUGAGAGAGUUUGAUCCAAAUAAAGAUAAAGAAAGUGUUGAAGCUGUUGAAAAAAUAUGUGAAGUUGGUCCCAGCGGAAAACUUUCUCUCUUCACCGACCUUCACGGUGACCCUAUUUGCAGGGUCCGCAACUCACCAACUUUCCUCAUGCUGGUAGCAGAGAUAGGCAAUGAGAUAGUUGGAAUGAUAAGAGGCUGCAUCAAAACCGUUACAUGCGGCAAAAAAGUAUCAAGACCAACAAAAAACAUAACCGAACCAAAUUCCAAUAAUGUCCCUGUCUUCACAAAACUAGCCUACAUACUAGGUCUACGAGUUUCACCAAAUCACAGAAGAAUGAGAAUUGGCUUAAAACUUGUUCAAAAAAUGGAACAAUGGUUCAGAGAAAAUGGUGCUGAGUAUUCAUACAUGGCAACUGAAAACGACAACGUUGCAUCCGUUAAUCUUUUCACCGACAAAUGCGGUUACUCAAAAUUCCGUACACCGUCAAUCCUAGUUAACCCUGUUUUCGCUCACUCUGUCAAAACGUCGUCGUCUAAAGUAACCAUCAUUAAACUAAACCCAAACGACGCCGAAUUGAUUUACCGUAACAAAUUCUCCACCACUGAGUUUUUUCCUCGUGACAUUGAUUCCGUUUUGAAAAACAAACUCACUCUCGGAACUUUUCUCGCUGUUCCAAAAAAUGGGCCUGGAUUUCGGCCCAAUAACUGGAAAUGGACUGGCCCAGUAUCUUUUUUAUUGGACCCACCGAGUUCUUGGGCUUUAAUUAGUGUUUGGAACUGUAAAGAUUUGUUCACUCUUGAAGUUAAAGGCGCGUCGCGCGUGAGACGGUUAUUGGCGAAAACAACGCGCGUGAUAGAUAAAACUUUUCCUUGGUUACGGUUACCGUCGAUUCCGAAUUUUUUUGAACCGUUUGGAUUUCAUUUAAUGUAUGGAAUUGGAGGGGAAGGACCGGAGGUGUUGAAAAUGGUGAAAGCUUUGUGUGGUUUUGCUCAUAAUCUUGCUAUGGAAAAUGGUUGUAGUGCUGUUGCUACUGAGGUUUCGAGCUGUGAUCCUCUACGGUUCGCUAUUCCUCAUUGGAAAGCUUUGUCUUGUGAAGAGGAUUUGUGGUGUAUUAAGAGAUUAGGUGAAGAUUAUAGUGAUGGUUCUGUUGGUGAUUGGACUAAAUCUAAACCUGGAUUCUCCAUUUUUGUUGAUCCUAGAGAGUUUUAAGUAACUCAGUUAAAAAUUAGAAGGAAAAAAUUAGAGUUUAUUUUUAUUAAUUUUAGUUUUUAUUUAUAUUAUAUAGUUGUAAGGAGGGAAAUGUCAUGUCAUAUCAGUUACAAGAUAUGAAUUUUGAUUGUAAAGGAACAAUGAAUAGAAUAUCCAUCUUUUUUAUUUUA